ACGACUGUCUACCUUGUAACACAAAACAGAGCCCCUCAGCAAGGUUCUCAUCGCGAGUUUUUGCAGAAGAUAGCACAAAAGUAACAGGUAUAUGCGUCUUACCUCAUGUGCAAAGAAUCUAAUUCGGACCGCAAUAAAACUUAUCCCAACUAAUACCGACGCGAUGAACACGGAUACGACUAAAUCAGUUCUGCCUGAAGUUUGGGCACAUAUCUUCAAGCUCGCCAGCUCGCCGUCGGCCCUUUACCCGGGGGUUUUGCCCAGAGUUGUCAAACUCUCUAUGGUGUGCGGUCAUUGGCGCGAGGUCAUCUAUUCGACGCCAUCGUUAUGGACGAACAUCACUCUGGACGUGGAUCGAUGGACCCAGUCCGCUGCGACCGAUGGCGUUACCCGCCUUACAUAUGUACUCCAACUUUUCCUAGAUCGCUCCAACUCUGCACCGUUGAAUCUGCACCUAACGAUGCGCUCCUCGGUGCCUGUCCAUCCGACUACCAAACUGCUUGAUGUCCUUUCCCAAAGCAUGAAUCGGUGGAAGACUGUCUACUUGAAUAUACCACCCGAAAUAUUCGAACAUCCUGCCUUGCAGUUACUUCCCCAGCGGCUUUCAUCGCUUCAACAUGUCGGUUUGUCGGAUUUGUUGAGCGACCACCAUGUCAACCUAUUCAACGAUUGCCCUUCUCUCACAUCCCUCGAGCUCAGCUGGUGGCAUGCAACACCCUACAGAUUUCAACAAGAGUGGCUGGGAAUCAAGACUCUCGAUAUUAACAUAUUAAGCCUACAAACCGUCGGUCCCGCCACGUUCAUAUCGUCCUUUCUGAAGGUCUGUCCAAACUUGGAAAACCUCUCCUUUUUUUGGGGUUCUUCUCGUUCAGAUCUCGAAUCUCUCGAAGUUGUUGUCUCUCGCUUUAACUUGAAGUCGCUGACUUUGAAUGGCGCCCGCGGUCUAUUCUCUCUCUUUCAACAUCUUUCACUUCCAGACUUGUCGACCAUGAACCUAGAGAUAUUUGAUAUGCGUUGGGACCUCAAGAUUUUUGCGGACUUUUUGUCUCGUUCAGGUUGUAGCAUUACACAUCUGACCCUCAGAUCCCCAUUUGCCAUCUUUAUUGAAUCAAUCAUGCUCGUCUUAUCCUUCCUGCGACUCCUUCCAUCAGUCCAGGAACUUUGUCUUAACGUGCGAUCGAGGAAUAGGGUUCUCUUUGUCCUGUUUCUAGAUGAAUUGUUUGUGGGACAGAGUUCGCUCAGCUCGCCCCUACUGCCUCAUCUAACCGACCUGACCCUCAUCCUUGAUGAAGACUCCUUUGAAGAAGGGCCUCUUGUGCGUGCUGUCACAUCGAGAUGGCACCCUGACUUAGAGGAUGCUACCGAGGUUGGCGUCGCAUGCUUACGGUCUCUCAGACUCGAGAUGAUGAAUAACAAAUCUGUCCCUACCCUGGAACCUCUACUCUAUCUCAGAAAUGCUGGGUUGAAGUUGAGAGUGGAUGUCACCCUUAGAAGCGAAUGA